GGCCCUCAGUGGUUGUUGAAACAUUGGACAUUUUUCAAUACUAUUCUAGAACUCCUGUAGAGUGUCCAUGAAACAUCAGUAAAAAUUAAUGAUUAAUAAUGAAUGAAAUCAAACAAUUGAUUUAAGAAAUCAUAUAUAUAUAUAAAUGCGUCUAUGGAUGGUAUCACUCGGGUAGCAAAAAAGCAAGUGCCUUCUAGUGACAUAAAAACAGAGCUAUAAACAAUGAAGGGGAAGACCAGGCAGCCUCUCACUAACACAGAAGUUUGGCUUAUUACAUUGCUAGUAUUGUUCAUCCUUAUCUCUGUUGGACUGGUGGUGUUUGCAUGGAUUAUUGUUAAAGAUCUGACUGCCGCAGAUCAAGUUAAUACAGUGCAAGGAUCCUUUAAAAUAACUUCAGGAGCAACAUACACAUCUGAAUUGCAAGAUCCAAGUUCAUCAAACUUCAAAUCACUGGCUUUUGAUGUCCAGAAAAUGAUCAAUGAAAUCUUCCAAUCUAGUCAGCUGAAGUUUGAAUAUAGAACAUCUGAAAUUGUGCAAUUCCGAAAUGGAAGCGUGAUCGUGGUUUUCAAUGCGCUUUUUGCUCAAAUUUUACCAAGCGAAAAGAUUCAGACAGAAUUGAGAACUGGGAUUGAGAAUAAUAAUUCUAAUUUUACAAAGUGGUUUGAAAUAGAUGUCCAAAGUGUCAUCAUCGCAGAUGCACUGUUUAUUACCACAGCAAGUCCUUCCACAUCAAGUCUAACCACAUCAAGAUUAUCCACACUUGGUAGCAGAGCUACAACAGCAGGUGCAGCCGCAUGUCCCCUCAAUGAGAAGUUGUGCGCGGAUAAUCUUACAUGCAUACAACAAUCCCUGUUUUGUGAUGGGAUACCAAACUGUCCAGACGGUUCUGAUGAAUUCACCAAAACAUGCGGCUCACGCUGUGAUGGUCAGUUUCUGUUAACUGGAGAUGAAGGAACAUUUCAUUCUCAAAAUUAUCCAGAAAAUUACGAACCAAAUCUAUUUUGUCGCUGGAUAAUAAGUGUUAAGAACAGUUUGAACAUCGAAUUAAAAUUUGUGUCUUUUGAUAUUGAAAAUUACGCAGAUGUGUUAAGGUUUUACGAAGGCUUUGGACCAAACAAAACCCUGAGAGCUUUUCAUGAUCGCUCCACAAAUCCUGGGAUAAUUCGGAUUUUUUCUGAUAAAGCAACAGUAGAAUUUGAAACUGAUUCGUUUUCUUAUGGUCGGCCAGGCUUUUUAGCAAUCUACACAACUUUUACCAACAGCAGUAUAUCCAAUGAAAAGAAGAUAGAUUGCACUUUUGAAGAUGGAUUUUGUUUCUGGAUUCAGAAUAUAAGAUUGGAUGAAGACUGGAUAGAAUGGAUACGAUACAAUGGCCCAAGUGGUCUUCCAAUAGUUGGUCCUGAUGUUGACCAUACAAUUGGAAAUGCAUCUGGUUUUUAUAUAACAACUCCACGAACACCUGGAUAUGGUUCACAAAUUCGCAUUUCAAGUCUACCUUUAAUUCCAACCUCAGAACCACUCUGUCUUAGUUUUUGGUAUUUUAUGUAUGGCCCCAAUGUAUUCCAUUUCAAUGUUCUAAAAAUAUUUGGAAAUGGCUCUGAACAAGUUGUUUUCUCUAAAGAAGGAAACUAUGGCAUGAACUGGAAUCCUGGACAGGUCACCCUAAAGGAAACUUCUGAAAUGGUGGUGGCAUUUGAAGCCAUUACAAAUGGAUGGUAUAGUGACAUUGCAUUAGAUGAUCUAAAAUUGUCUCUUGGAAAAUGCAAUGAAAGUAUGUAUCCCGAACCAACUCGUGUUCCUACUCCGGUUAUCACGACCCCUGGUCCAUAUGAUUGUGGUGGCCCGGCUGAAUUAUGGGAAACCAAUGGUACCUUUAGCUCUCCAAUGUACCCUCAAAACUACCCCAACCUUGCUUCAUGUGUAUGGUAUUUGAACGCAGCUGUAGGAGAAAAUAUCCAGCUGCAUUUUGAAGUGUUUGAUCUGGAGUACAUAUAUGAUGUUGUUGAAGUUCGAGAUGGCAAAGGACCAGAAUCAUUGUUACUGGCUGUUUAUACAGGAGUUAAUCCAUUGCCUGAUGUUUUCUCCACAACCAAUCAGAUGACAGUGUAUUUCACAUCAGAUUCAACUUCAACAGCAAAAGGAUUUCUGGCCAACUUUACCACUGGUUACCACUUAGGCAUGCCAGCUCCUUGCAAUUCAACAUCAUUUCAGUGUAACAGCGGUGAAUGCAUUUCACAAAGGAGCGUCUGUGACGGGCACCACGAUUGUCCUGAUGGGUCAGAUGAAAAGGACUGUGUGCGUAUAUCCAACAGCAGUUCAAGUGGAUUAGUUGAGUUCAAAGUUGACAAUCAAUGGCAUACAGCAUGUUUCGAUCUCUGGAAUGAAGAGAUUUCCAAUAAUAUUUGUCAUCAGUUGGGUUUAGGAAAUGUGAACGUAUCAUCACCUGUACUGUCAAGCUCAACUGGGCCAUUUGCAAUAUUAGUGCAAGCUACUGAUGGUACUCUGGGUCUUCAGCUAAGUAAUCAGUGUGCCAAUCAGAAUGUUAUUUAUAUUGGAUGCAACCCCAGAGAAUGUGGAAAGAGAGUCUUGGACAGCUCAAGAAUAGUUGGUGGAACGGAUGCGGCAGUAGGUGCAUGGCCUUGGAUCGUCUCUCUGUAUUACAAUGAAAGACAAGUAUGUGGAGCAUCUCUGGUGAACAAUGAGUGGUUGGUGUCAGCAGCUCACUGUGUCUACGGGAGGAACUUGGUACCAUCCAAAUGGAAAGCCAAUCUAGGAAUGCAUAACAGUGCUAAUCUCGGCUACCCGCAAACGGAAACCAGAUGGAUUGACCAGAUCAUCAUAAACCCACAUUACAACAAACGCACAAAAAACAGCGACAUAGUCAUGAUGCAUCUAAAUGUUAAGGUUAAUUAUACAGAUUACAUCCAGCCUGUGUGUUUACCAGAGAACCUGCAAGAUUUUCCAUCUGGACUGAAUUGUUCCAUUGCUGGGUGGGGACGAACCCAAAGUCAAGGUCCUAUUCCUAACAUAUUGCAAGAAGCCCAGGUACCUCUGAUAACCAAUGAGAAAUGCCAACAGCAAAUGCCUGAGUAUAAUAUAACCAACAAAAUGAUCUGCGCUGGAUAUAAUGAAGGAGGGAUCGACACAUGUCAGGGAGACUCUGGUGGCCCGCUGAUGUGUCGGCAGGAAAACCGAUGGUACCUGGUGGGAGUGACUUCAUUUGGAUAUGGAUGUGCCCAACCAGAAAGACCUGGCGUUUAUGCACGAGUGACAACUUUUACAGAAUGGAUUCAAAGCUUUCUGAUUUAGAGAAUACCUUCAACAAAGCCUCAUAUCUUUUUUACACAAUGCUUUGCACAAUUUAAAAUGUGAACAAAAUGCUAAUGUUUAAUAAAUUGUGUGUUAUUACUUAGUGCUUUUGUAUCACAAUAUUUAAUUACCUCAUACCAUUGUAAAAAUGUUAGAACCACUUUUGUGAUUUGCUAACAAAAACAGUUUAGGUGAAACAAUUAUUUUAGCCAUUGAUGUGCAUUUUACAUAGACAUAGUAGUUAUUCUGCAUAAUUUUCAUUUUGCAAAAUGUUAUAUUUAAAGUAAAUAUAGUAUAUUUGUAGUGAGUGCAUUUUGAGCUUUUCUUGCAGUGUUUACAUUAAAGUAAUUUCUAAUAUGA